CAUUAUAACCAACUUGUUGCAUCUGGUUUUUUACAUCAAAUACUUAUAAAUUCAAAUAUUUCUAAAAAUAAUCGCAAUAAACAAAAGCAGCAAAUAAAUAGUAGUGAUAUUGACAAUGAAAUUAUUGAAAAACAAGCUCAUACACGAUAUGUUCAUAAAACAAAUGUUGUUCAAACUGAUGAACAGACUAACAAAGUUAGUAUUCAAGCUAAUCCGGAAACCCAUGAGAUUGGAGAAGACCUUAAAAACCAAUUAGAAUAUGCAUAUGACUAUGUAAUAGAAAAAUAUAAAGAGUUAUAUUAUCUUACACCAGAAAUAAAAAAAGAAUAUGAAUUAGAGCUAAAAAUAUACUUAUCUUCGAUUUUAAAAGAUCUUAUAGCUGAAAAAAAUCAAGAAAUAAAUGCUAUUGAUCAAAGUAUAGAAAAUCAAAAAGGUGUUGAGAGUCAAUCGAAAUGGUGCAAAGAAUGCAAUACAACCAACAUUGAUAAUAAAAAAUAUACGUGGCCUAAAUGUCAUAAAAAAUUAGAUACAUUAGCUACUUUACAAGCGGAAUCUGCUAAGGAACUUACACAACUUAAUAAUAUAGUUCUCCACCAAUUACAAAAUAUUUUACAAAGUAUUAGAGACCUUUAUAAUAAGCAAGAUGGACUUGAAGAUGAA